AGCCCCAGCAGUGCCAGCUGUCAGUGCUCAUCCAUGCCACCUGCCAGUGCCCAUCAGUGCCACAUUUCAGUGCCUACCAGUGCAAAUCAAUGCCACAUAUCAGUGCCCAUCUGAGCUGCCUUUCAGUGCCACCUGUUAGCGCCGUCUAUCAGUGCCAGUCAGUGCCGCCUAUCAGUGUGCAUCAGUACCACUUGUCAGUGCCCGUCAGUGCUGCCUAACAGUGCCAGUCAAUGCUGCCUAUCAGUGCCAGUCAGUGCCGCCUAUCAGUGCCACCUAUCAGUGCCCUAUCAGUGCCUCCUCAUCAGUGCCCAUCAGUGCCACCUAUCAGUGUCCAUCAGUGCAGCCUAUCAGUGCCCAUCACUACAGCCUCAUUAGCGCACAUUAGUGAAGGAGAAAAAUCACUUAUUUACAAAGUUUUAUAGCAAGAACUAAGAAAAAACUUUUUUUUUCAAGA